AUGUCUGCAUCUAAGUUCACCUUGCUGUGUAAUUCGCACAAAUGCCGGGUGAAGCUGAGCGGUGUCGCCUGGGUCACGGCCUGCUCUCAUGUUUUCUGUGACCAGCACGGCUCGGAGGAGUUCAGCCGCACCCCCGCCGUCUGUCCCGCCUGCUCCUCCAUGCUCUCCGGCAAACUGGACGUUCUGCGAACCGAGCUGGCCCCAUCCGAGCAAUACAAAGCUAUGGUUUUGGUCGGACUACAACCUGAAACUGUUUUGGAAAUCAGUCAUAAAGCAAUAGACUUUUGGAUCUACCAGAUUAACCAGGAGAGGCUGCUGAUGGAGUACAAUUUAUCUAGGGCUGGUGGACAAGUUCUUCAGAUGGAGAAGUUUAUGAUCCAGCAAAACCAAAGCAGAGAGCAUGAGUUAAAUGCAUUAAAAGGGGAGAUUUCAUCACUGAAAAAGAUGCUGGAAGAAUAUAAGCGGAAGUAUAGUGAGGUUUUGGAGCGACUGAAUGAGCGAAACAAGCAGUAUCAGAAACUGCAGGGACUUCUGGACUCACUGCGGAUGCACACGAUGGGGACAGUAGAGAAAGACACCAUGCCCCACACUUUCACUACAGGACUGGUCAAACAACGCUCUCCUCUGAGCAGUCCUUCAUUCAUUGGACCAGAAGCUGACAGGUUCUUCUCAUUGGGACCAGAAAGCGCUAAAACCUUCUUCCAGUUCAGCACACCCACCCAAGACAAAACCCACUCUUUUAUCAAGAAAAACUGAGGUUGAUUUGAUUUUCA